AGGUGAACUGUAGCUUGUGCUGUUGCCCUGUUGGCUCCCUCGUACUUUCCCUAGGAUGCUGCAGCCUGAAGGCCUCCGAGGCUUGGAGGAGGGGGCAGCCCCGACAGCCCCACGGAACGACUGCAUCAUCUGUUACUCAGCCUACGAUCUCUCCGCACACUUGCCUCGCCGCCUCUACUGCGGCCACACCUUCUGCCAGGCGUGCGUGCGGCGGCUGGACACUCCAGCCCACGACCAACACUGGAUCCCCUGCCCACAGUGCCGUCAAAGUACCCCUGUGCCCCGCGGAGGGGUGACAAUGUUGGACCUGGACCUGGCUGCCUUCUUGGCAGUCAAAGCUGAACGGGAACCAUUGAGAACAGAACCCAGGUCCUCUGUCCCCCUCAAAGUCAGCACUGCCAUCACUCAGCAGCCGGCUGCACUCUACCCGACCUUGGGCCCCCAGCCCCAUUUUCCUCAGCCUGGAUGCUGCUGCUGGGGCUGGGGGAGACUAUGCUGGUUCCCCCCUGGGAGCCCUGAAGUCUAAGUUCUG